CUUAAACCAAUAUAGACAAGUGAAUGCCGAUCUUGAUCUCCUUAACCUACCUAAGGGGCACGGGUUAGGAAUAUUUAUUUAUGGGCCUGAGCAUUGCAUCUCAAUAGAAGAACACAACGCUGUGAUGCAUACCGCUCGUCCUGUAUCUCAGGUCCUUAUCAAACGCGCAUGGUUAAUCAGAUGGGGAGAUUCCCAAAUUGUUGGGUCAAGGCGAUUGAUUCAUUUAUGCCCUUGAAUACCUUAGAGCAUGGUACGAGUUCACCCAUGAUAUAGAGAACCAACGGCAUAUCUUACAGGUUCGAGAAUGCCUUCGUGGAAUUCUAUAAAGUCCACCGAAGACUUCCUUCACUUGGCCAUUCCCUUUUGCUCCCUACCCGCAGUUUCAUCCACUCGUUUUACUCAUUAGACCACUCGAGUCAGUCUUUCGUUGAGAUACUAGUCGCUCAUUCUAUUCUACUUUAAUCUAAUACCUACGUGCCAAAAUGAAGUUCACCACUACCAUCUCCAUCAUCGCCGCCUUCUGCGGCUUUGCAGCAGCGGCCCCCUCACCCGCGCCCGCAUCCGCUCUGUUCCCCCGCGAAGACUGCCCCUACGGCGGCAACUGGAACCACUGCGAGCUCAACGGCUUAUACGUCGUCUGCGUCAACGGCCGCGCUACUAAGUACACUUGCGACGGGGGCUGCCAGGCCAUCUGCCCUGAAGGCCAACCCUGCACGCCUCGCUGCAAUAAUGGUCACCUGGCCUGAAGGAUUUGGAUGGAGAAUUGUGCAGGAGGUGGCGGGAGUAGAGGGUAGAAUGGGG